AUGAAAACCAAGUGCAGUAGCAAACUAUCCAUAGAUAAUGCAGAAGAGAGCAAAAAUGAAGAACUCGAUAGAGAAUAUUACAAUUGCAUAAAAAAUUGUGCUGCAGAUUUGCAGAACUUGUCUUUAAACUUUUUCCCGUCUAUUAAUGCUUACACAUGUAUUCCAAAAAUAAAUGCCAUUAGCUCAAUAACCUUUCAUCCGUGUAUUUCAAGCAGAGAUUAUUUUAACAACACACAUUCCUUUAAGCCUUUAUUUACCCAUCACUUUUUUAGUGACAGUGAGCAGGUGAUCGGUUUUGACAGCUUAAAAAUAGAUUUCUACUACACAUGUGAUAAUUACGAAGUUUUCAUGAAAUUAAAUGGAUCAAUAAGUGACCAGUAUGAAAAUUCACAUUACAUUAUGCUCAUGCUUUUACAAAGUUUGUACAUCACAACUCCAUACCCAGGUGGGUUUAUCGAAACAGAAGAGGAAUUUUUACAAAUUCUUAGAAGAAAUGAAGAACGAUAUGAUUCACGUGAACAAGAUGAAGAAAAUGAAAUUCUAGAUCCAAACCAAGGAAAGGAAAAAAGUAGGGAAGUAACUUCAAAUGAGAUUGAUAUGAUAAUUCAACAUAGAACUUAUAAACCUCCCGGUUUUAUUAUAUAUGAGAAAAGGCUUAGUGAUGAUAUAUUUUUGCAAAUUAGAAAAUGUGGAUUUUCAUCAAAAUAUUUUAAAUUAGAAAGCCUUAAAAAUUUCGAAGAUGAAGGUGAAGAAGAGGAAGGAGAAGGAGAAGACAAUGUGGGAGUAGAAUAUACGGGUGAAGAUGGAUAUGAGAAUAACUUAAUCAAUUUUGUACAGAAUAGGAACAAUAACUUGAUGGAAAAUAAAAUCAAAAUUGUUAAGGAUGAAGUGGAUGAAAAUAUGACAAUAAAUGAUACUUGUGUGUGUAAAAAAGGGGAAAAUUCAGCUGUGGUAAAAACAGAUCUAUUUAGAAUUGGUGCUACAGAAGGAGGAGGAGAAGAAGAAGAAGAAGAAGAAGAAGAAGAAGAAGAGGAAAAAGAAGAAGAGGAAAAAGAAGAAGAGGAAAAAGAAGAAGAGGAAAAAGAAGAAAAAGAGGUGGAAGCAGAUGCUGAUGCAGAUGGAGAAGGUGCCACACCUCAUCUAAGUCAUAUUAAAAACGAGACAAUAUUAGACCAAACAUACAAUGAAAGUAGGAGUGGGAAAAAGGACCCAGGUUCGUCAAACUUUAUGAACGGGGAUGAUAUUAACUUCACUGGGAGCAUGUCAAACGAAUCUAGCAAUGAAAUUAAAAGAAAAAGGAAGGAUUCAAAUAUUUAUAUUACUGAUUCGAAUGUGUGUGAUAAUGAAGAAUUAUUAACAAACAGUGAAAAAAUAAAAAAAGAAAGUAAAUCAAAAGAAGCUUUUCCAAGUAACGAAACUAAUGGAAUAGAUUAUGAUAACAAUUACCCUUUUGUGGAGACAAAGAAGAAUAAAAAGGAUUUAAUAAAAUAUGUUACAGAGAAAGAUAUGUCUAAAUUAUAUCGUGAAUAUUUACAAGUUGUGAAGGUGAAAGGGAAAAGUAGCAAUACCUUUAGAGGUAACCCGAGUGCAUCUACUUCUGCUAAGAAAAGGGAAGAUAGUAAAAAUUAUUCUGAAUGUGCUCAUUUGCAGAUAGAGAAAAACUUACCUGCAGGAGAGACUGUUCCUCUUCAUAUUCUGGAGGAAGAGGAAAGUGCAGCAAACAAAUCGGGAGAAGCACAACUCACGGAGCCACAUCUCACAGAAACACAUCUCACAGAGGCACAACUCACAGAGACACAACUCACAGAGACACAACUCACAGAGACACAUCUCACGGAAGCUCCUCCAUCUGAAGCACGUCGAUCGAAUGAACAUAACAAGAAAGAAAUAAACAAAAGAAAGGGGAAAAAAAACGCGAGAAUGGAAGCACGGGCAGCUCAAUAUGAUUAUACAAUAAAGAGUAAUUUUGAAUUGUUACAUAGAAAAGUGGAAUGGUUUUAUCAUUGGUUCAUUGAAAGUGCAUCUAACAUUGAGUAUGAUUAUCGAUGGAGUGUCAUAUUACCAUACAUAGUGUUCAAAUAUGAUGAUGAAAAAAGGUUUAGAGAAAAUAAGUUUAUUGAAAAUUUAAACGCUGAGUUGGUUAGGAGCAGAAAUUCUAAUGUUAAUCUUCUUCCUAGUGUUAAGUUGGAUAUGUCAUCCACCCCAUGUAAUACUUCAAACGUUGAUGAUGUGAUGAACAAUAUUGUCGAUAAAGAAUUGGAAGCAGUUGAAAGGACAAAAUCAAAAAGGAGUUUAGAACCCAUGAUAGAAAAAAAUCAGGGACAUAAGAAAAGAAAAAAAACACGUCAUAUUAUUCCUCCUGGGGGAGAAGUUACUCCUGAAGAGCACGAACAUGAACGUAAACAUGAACAUGAACAUGAACGUAAACAUGAACGUGAACGUAAACAUGAACAUGAACAUGAACGUGAACAAGUGCAUGAUGAAGUUAGCAAAAAGGAAGACCAUUUGGUGCAUGAAGAGGUGAAGAUGAAUCAUGAACAAGACGAAGUUAUGAUAAAGAAGGAAAUCCAAGAGGAGAAAAAAAGAAAAAGGAAAAAAAAUUCAAGAGAAGUUCCUAAAAAUAAUGAAAGUUUCCCCACUGAAAAAGAGAUCAACAAUGUAAAAUCAUUAAUUGACAAAAAUGAAUAUGUUCUUACGAGCGAAGUAGUGAUUACAGCAAUUGAAAAUACACUUAAAGAUUUAAGAGGCAAAGAAGAGGAAGAUUAUUACUUGUUUCAUAAAAAUCAUGAUGUUGUUUAUUUGUAUUCAGAUUUGCCGAGUGCAGCAGAGGACACGGGAGCGGAAGAAAUGGCAGCAUCAAAAAUGGCAGCAUCAAAAAUGGUUGCAUCAAAAAUGGUUGCAGCAGAAAAAUACCAAGGGAAACAAAUGAAAGCAGAAAUUUUUCACACAACGGACGAAUUUAGGGGUAGAAAAAAAGGAAAAGGGAGAAAAGCAUCUCAAACAGAACGAAGGAAAGAAAUUCAUGUUAAGGUGGAAGAAGAAGAGUUAUUGAAUGAAAAUGAAAAGAUAGAAGAGAGAAAAAAAGAAAACAAGAAAUAUAAAAAGGAAAAAGACUCUAUGUACUAUUUUUACCUAUUCGGAUUAGCUACUACGUAUACUUUUUUUACAUUUCAAUUUGAUAGAAAUAGGAUUUCCCAAUUUUUAAUAUUUCCACCUAUGCAAAGCAAAGGAUUAGGAAUGAAAGUUUUAGAAAAAAUAUAUCAUUUAUCUAUUGUCAAUUCAAAUGUAAGAGAAAUUACAGUUGAAGACCCAGCUGUUUCUUUUACUCAAUUAAGAGAUAUUAUCACCAUUAAAAUGUGUAUCGAUUUAAGAAUUUUGAGUCCAACUAUAUUAUAUCCAGAUGAAUAUUUAAAAACAAAAAAUAUUGACAAGGAAUAUGUAGAACUAGAUAAAAAAAAAUUUAUGAAGGUUUGUAAAGAGACACAUAAACAGAUUACAAGAAUGAUUGAGACUUUGUUAUUAGCUGGAGUUUUGCCUCACCCAGCACCUUGUUAUGUUGAUACUAGUGAUGAAAAAAACAUGGGGCUCCGGAAAAGGGAGAAAAAAAUUGAAAACGUCGAUUCUGUAAAUUCCAUGGAGUAUUUCGAAUCGUCUGAUAUGUGCAAAGAUGUGCGAAUCAAGAUUAAAAGGAGAAUAAAAAAUGAUUACAUAGGGAACUUAAUUAACAAAAACAUGAAUUGCAUGGCUAGCGAUGUGUUCCAGGAUUAUGUUAAGGAGGAGCUCUACAAACUUUGGAAAAAGCAGUGCAAGGUUUAUUACAGGUGUAGAUUAGUAGUAACAUAUGCGUUACCUUGUUCUUAA